CUUUUUCUUCUAGAGUUGCUGCUGCUGUGUGAGCCUCUGCAUCUCCAAACUCUUCGUGCUCCUAAGAAGUUCUCAGAGCUUAGGGUCUACAGCCAUGGCGGACAACAAGGCAGUGACUAUUCGGACCAGGAAGUUCAUGACCAAUAGGCUCCUCUCCAGGAAGCAAUUUGUUAUUGACGUACUCCAUCCUGGGAGAGCCAAUGUUUCCAAGGCAGAGUUGAAGGAGAAGCUUGCAAGGAUGUAUGAGGUGAAGGACCCAAAUUCAAUCUUUGUUUUCAAGUUCAGGACUCACUUCGGAGGAGGCAAAUCUACUGGAUUUGGUUUAAUUUAUGAUUCUGUUGAGAGUGCCAAGAAGUAUGAGCCUAAGUACAGGCUGAUCAGGAAUGGACUUGACACCAAGGUAGAGAAGUCAAGGAAGCAAAUGAAGGAAAGGAAGAACAGGGCCAAGAAGAUCCGUGGUAUUAAGAAGACAAAGGCUGGUGAUGCUGCUAAGGCAGGAAAGAAGAAAUGAGUUCCUGUGCUUUACCUUGAAGCCAAUAUUUUCCAACAGGGUUUCUUUGUUAGUCUUUGUUUAGAUGUUUUUGAACUGGUUGCAUUUGAAGACAUGGGUUUGGAAUUAUCUGAUUUUUAGUUAUAUUAUAUCAUCUCUUAUGUUGAGUUAUUUCCCGAGCACAAUUUUGGAAGAUUAGUUAGUAACACAUAAUUGUUUCUCAUCAUUUGGCUGGAAUUGAGUUGGGAUGCUAUUGUUCCAAGAGCUGAAAGCUUUUCUUGAUUGAAUAUGGUUCUCAAACUGGUGCUUUAGGAAACGAACGAGAUCACAGUUGAAUUCCAUGUUUAUUUGGAUUAUUGAAUUGUUAGGGAUUUGUUCCACCACGCUUCUGGGUUAUUAAAUUAUUAGUUUUUAU